AUGGCCUUCAUCACAGCUCCUCUUCAUCACACCUCCUCUUCAUCACAGCUCCUCUUCAUCACUCCUCCAGCCUUCAUCACUGCUCCUCUUCAUCACUCCUCCAGCCUUCAUCACAGCUCCUCUUCAUCACUCCUCCAGCCUUCAUCACUGCUCCUCUUCAUCACUCCUCCAGCCUUCAUCACAGCUCCUCUUCAUCACUCCUCCAGCCUUCAUCACUCCUCCAGCCUUCAUCACAGCUCCUCUUCAUCACACCUCCUCUUCAUCACAGCUCCUCUUCAUCACUCCUCCAGCCUUCAUCACUGCUCCUCUUCAUCACUCCUCCAGCCUUCAUCACUGCUCCUCUUCAUCACUCCUCCAGCCUUCAUCACAGCUCCUCUUCAUCACUCCUCCAGCCUUCAUCACUGCUCCUCUUCAUCACUCCUCCUCUUCAUCACAGCUCCUCUUCAUCACUCCUCCAGCCUUCAUCACAGCUCCUCUUCAUCACUCCUCCAGCCUUCAUCACAGCUCCUCUUCAUCACUCCUCCUCCAGCCUUCAUCACUGCUCCUCUUCAUCACAGCUCCUCUUCAUCACUACACCUGUCAGUUAACUAUCUGCGGAGGAGGAGGAGAGAGGAGGAGAAGACAGUUAGAGGAAGAGGAGGAGGAGGAGAGAGGAGGAGGAGACAGAGAGAGGAGGAGAGAGAGAGAGAGGAGGAGGAGGAGGAGGAGGAGGAGGAGGAGGAGGAGGAGGAGGAGGAGGAGGAGGAGGAGGAGGAGGAGGAAGCUCUUUGUCUUUCUCUUUUGUGUUUGUCCUGCUGAAUGUCUGUUCCAGACCAUAAUAUCCUGUCUCUGUCCCGUCACCAUGGUGAUGAGUGAAGAUGAGGAAACUUCCUGGUUCGGUAUGAAGAACGAUGACGUCAUAACGUCGUCAUGAUUACUGGAUUUAUUGAGUCAUCAUGUUUGAUGACAUCAUGUCUCAUGGAGGCUGCAGAGCUUCACUCAGUAUUCACUCAAUCAAUCAAUCAAUCAAUCAAUUAAUUAAUCAAUCAAUCAAUUAAACAAUCAAUCAAUCAGUAUAUUGAUUUUAUGAACCUGUUGGAUUUGCAUCAUUGAAAACAAAGUAAUUAAUGUUAAAAGACUUUCACACCGUAGAUCCACUUACUGGAAACCUCCCAGAGCUUUCGGCUACCUCUUGUGGUCUUCCUCAGUCGUCACGGAGACGGUUCAGUUGAUAUCAGGUGACCGGCUGAUGAAGGCCAUGACAUGUGGCUGAAAGCAGUUCUUUCAACACAAAAAGCUCAACGUUGUGUUUUAAUUCAGAAAAUCAGAAGUCUGGUUAUUAAUUAACAUUAAUUAAACGUUAAUUAAGAGUUGAUUUAAUGAGUGAUGUCAUUGAGUCGGCGCUCUGCGGCCUCCGUACAUCAACACUGAUGUUUCUGUUUGUGGAUCAUUAAAGAGGCUGCUGUUACCUGA